AUGGGAAAGAGAGUGGCUGUCGUGCUGGCUGGCUGUGGGGUGUACGACGGGAGUGAGAUCCACGAGUCUUCUGCUGUGCUGGUGCAUCUCAGCAGGGAGGGGGCACAGGCAGAGGUUUAUGCUCCUGAUGUUGACCAGAUGCAUGUGGUGGACCACGUGAAAGGACAGCCAACUCAGGAGAAGCGCAACGUCCUAGUUGAAAGUGCCAGAAUAGCCAGAGGCAACAUCAAGGAUCUAGCUAAGCUGGAUGUCAAGGGGCUGGAUGCCCUAAUCAUACCAGGUGGCUUUGGAGUGGCUAAAAACCUGAGUACUUGGGCUACCCAAGGCAAGAACUGCAUCAUCUCCAAAGAGGUGGAGGAUGUCCUGAAGGCAUUCCAUGCUGCCAAAAAGCCCAUUGGCCUGUGCUGCAUUUCCCCAGUGCUGGCAGCCAAAGUCUUCCCAGGCUGCGAGCUGACUGUGGGUCACGACACAGAGUGUGAGAAAUGGCCUUACGCAAAGACUGCUGAGACCAUGAAGGAGCUUGGUUGCAAGCAUGUGAACAAACACGUCACUGAAAUCCACGUGGAUGCGAAGAACAAGCUGGUGACCACCAGCGCCUUCAUGUGCAAUGCCCCCAUUCAUGAGAUCUACGAUGGCAUCGGAAAAAUGGUCAAAGAAGUGGUCAGACUUGCCUGA